AUGAAGACUUGUAAGGCAUGGAAUGACGUGCAGAGCGCUAACCGAACCGUGCAUUUAGUGGUGAAUGUGUCGCCGACGUGGAGAAUAGAGCCCAAGAAUGUGAACGUCGUUUUGGCCCGAAGUGUGUCCAUUGACUGCUCGUCCGACGGGUCGCCCACUCCUCGUAUUUCGUGGAAAAAGUCUAUCGUUUCUAAUGUUCCGCAAGAAUUGACUCUCAGUUUGAGUGACAAGAAUGCUAUCGUGUCGUCGGCGCCAGCGCUGCCAUCCCUGCCUUCAGAUUUCAAAGACAUUUUGUCGAGUUAUAGACAUCAAGUCUAUGGCAACGGAACUCUAUUCAUACAAGAAGUGGACAAAUCUGAUGCCGGAUUAUAUAUGUGCAAAAUAAGCAAUGGAAUCGGCGCUGAUUUAAGUAAAGUAAUCCAACUAUACGUUCAAAUGCCACCACAUUUUGAGUCUAAGUUCGUGAGCGAAACGGCGACCAAAGGGACGACUGCUGUACUCAAGUGUAAAUCACGUGGAGAUCCGGUGAUGAAAGCCAUUUGGCAGAAAGACAAACAAGUGAUUGACUCCUCUGUCGACAAGAGGUUUAGUGUGAAAGAGGAGAUCAUAUCUCCUCACAGUUUGGUCUCAUAUCUGGAGAUUGAAAACGUCGGUCGCUAUGAUUCGGCUCUCUUUACUUGCAUUGUGUCCAACAGUUUUGGUUCGGACGACACAAAUAUUCAGCUCAUUGUUCAGGAAGUGCCCGAACCCCCACACGAAGUGCAAGUGACGGACAUAACGAGUCGGUCGGCGGUUGUCGUAUGGAAGGCGUCCUUUUCGGGAAACAAUGCCAUUAAUAAAUAUAUCAUUCAAUUCCGGAAACUGUGUCUAUUGGAGACCGAAUGGGAAGAGAUGGCCACCAAUACUGGCAACGAUUUUCGUGUGAUAGUCCGUCCCCUCCAACCCAUGUGUAAAUACGAGCUUCAGAUUAAGGCCGAGAACUCGUUGGGCAGAAGCGACGCCAGUGUUAUCACCGCAUUCACCACCAACGAGGAGGUGCCCGGAGGGCCGCCCACCGACGUCAUGGCUGAGGCCACCUCUUCCACGUCGCUGAAGAUCAAAUGGAAACCUCCGGCCAAACACUUACAGUACGGCCCGAUUAAGGGUUAUUACAUCGGAUACAAAGUGGCCAACGAUAACAGCGAACAGUUCUCUUACAAGAGCGUUGAGUCCACGCCUAAUAACGAUGGCAACCGGUUUGAGAUGAGCUAUAUCUCUAACCUCAAGCGAAAGACUUAUUACACGAUUAUUCUUCAGGCGUAUAACAGUAUUGGCGCCGGUCCUCGAUCUGAUGAGAUCAAAGUGUUGACACUUGAGUCCCAACCGCCGCGAUCGCCAUUAGUAGAAGUGGUGACCACUUCUGUGGACUCGAUUACCCUUCGAUGGGAUAUCAAUGAAUUGGAUUCCGAAGAGAAGGAGUAUGUGUUGCACUUCAAGGAAGAAAAGUCUGUCCAGUGGUCACAGAAACGGCUCAAAACUAAACGCAAUCACUUUGUGUUGGACUCAUUCGAUGGGAUAUCAAUGAAUUGGAUUCCGAAGAGAAGGAAAAAGUCUGUCCAGUGGUCACAGAAACGGCUCAAAACUAAACGCAAUCACUUUGUGUUGGACUCGAAUGACGGCAAAUCCAUCAUUAAAUGCGGGACCAAAUACUUGCUGUAUAUGACGGCCACCAAUAGUCUGGGAACUGGCGAACCGAGUGAAACGAUCAGCACAUCGACGAAAGGGACGGCUCCCAUCUCUCCCUCGAGGGAUGAGUUUAUUUACCCGAACUUUACCAUUAAAUACAGACUUUCACGACAGGAGUUGUAG